UUCCUCUUUUUAUUGAUUUCUAGUUUUAUUCCAUGUGGUCAGGUAAGAUACUUGAUAUGAUUUUGAUUUUGAAAUUUUUUUUUAGCCAGGUGUGGUGGCUCAUGCCUGUAAUCCCAGCACUUUGGGAGCCCGAGGCAGGUAGAUAACCUUAGGUCAGGAGUUCGAGACCAGCCUGGCUAACAUGGCGAAAACCCAUCUCUACUAAAAAUAAUAAUAAUAAAAAAAGUAGCUGGGUGUGGUGGCAGGUGCCUGUAAUCCCAGCUACUUGGGAGGCUGAGGCAGAAGAAUUGCUUGGACCUGGGAGUCAGAGGUUGCAGUAAACCGAAUCUUGCCAUUGCAUUCCAGCCUGGCUGACAAUCCUGGAGAAUGUUCCAUGUGCUGAUGAGAAGAAUGUGUAUUCUGCAGCUAUCUAGUGAAAUGUUCUGUAAAUGUCUGUUAGGUCCAUUUGGUUUAUGGUGCAAUUUAUAUCCAGUGUUCCUUUGUUGAUUUUCUUUCUAGAAAUCUGUCUAGUGCUGAGAGUAUAGUGUCGAAGUCCCCAACUGCUUUGUAUUGGGAUCGAUCUUUCCCUUUAGAUCUGACAAUAUUUCCUUUAUAUAUCUGGGUGCAUGGUGUUGGGUGCAUAUAUAUUUACAAUUGUUUGAUUUUCUUGCUGAAUUGAUCCAUUUAUUAUUAUAUAAUGUCCUUCUUUGUCUCUUUAUACAGCUUUGACUUCAAGUCUGUUUUGUCUGAUAUAAGUAAGUAUAGCUACUCUCGCUUGCUUUUGCUUUCCAAAUCAGAAAUCCUUAACUUCUCUCUUACUAUUUUUGCAGUUGAGUGGUUUUCUCUAGUGAUAAGGUAUUAUUCCUUUCUAUUUCUUCUUUGGGUAUUGGCUCUACCAAUGAGUUUUAUAUUUUUGCUUUUCAAAAGCAAGCAGGAGUAAAAAAGAAAAAGAAUAUCUUUUUCCAUGAGCAAAAAUCUUUGUCCAAAAGCAAAACAAUAUCUUUUUCAAUCCUUUCAUUUCCAAUCUAUGUCUUUACAUAUAAGAUGAGUUUCUUGUAGGCAGCCUAUAGUUGGGUCUUGUUUUAUUAUCCAUUCAGCCAGUCUUUAUCUGUUAAAUAUGGAAUUUAAUUAGUUUACAUUCAAGAUUAUUAUUGAUAGAUGAGAACUUAUUCCUGCCAUUUUAUUGAUUUUUUUUGUUUUGUGUAUCUUUUGUUCCUUAAUUUCUCUCUUACUAUUUUUGCAGUUGAGUGGUUUUCUCUAGUGAUAAGGUAUUAUUCCUUUCUAUUUCUUCUUUGGGUAUUGGCUAUACCAAUGAGUUUUAUAUUUUUGUAUCUUUCCAUGAUGGUGGUUCUUGUCUUUCACUUCCAGAUGUAAGACUCCCGUGAACAUUUCUUAUAAGGCUCAUCUAGUGGUGAUGAGUUCCCUCAAUUUUUGCUUGUCUGUGAAAGAUUGUAUUUCUUUUUCAUUUCUGAAUGAUAGCUUUGCUGGGUAUGAAGUUUUUGGCUGGCAGGCUUUUUUUUUUUCUUUCAAAUCCUUAAAUCAUUCUCUCCUGGCCCGUAAAGUUUCUGCUGAGAAAUUCACUGUUAGUCUUAUAGAGAUUCCCUUACAUAUGACCCAACAGUUCUCUCUUGCUGUUUUUAGAAUUCUGUAUUUAUCUUUGACUUUUGAUAAUUUGACAUAAUGUGCCUUAGAGAGGACCUGUUUGAAUCUAAUGUAUUUGCGGUUCUUUGAGCUUCCUAGAUCUGGAUGUCCAUCUUUCUCCCAAGACUUGGAAUAUUUCAUUAAAUAUGUUUUUUUAAUAUAACUUUUCCCUUUUCUUCUGCUUCUGGAAUGCUUGUAAUGCAAAUAUUUGUUUGCUUAGUGAUGGCUCAUAAACCCUGUAAGCUUUCUAUUCUUUCUUUCUUCUUCUUUUUUUUUUUUCUGUCUGCCUAUAUUAUUUCAAAAGACCUGUCUUCAAGUUCAGGGAUUUUUUUUUUUUCCUUUGGCUUAGUCCAUUCUAUUGUCAGAACUCUCAAUUGUAUUUUUUAUUUUAUUCAUUGAAUUCUUUAGCUUUAGAAUUUCUAUUUGGUUCUUUUUUAAAUGAUAUAUAUCUGUUGAAUUUCUCAUUCAAAUUAUGAACUGUUUUCCUGAUUUCAUUGAAUUGUAUAUCUGUAUUCUCUUGUAUCUCACUGAGUUUUAUUAGAAUUAUUAUUUUGAAUUCUUUUUCUGGCAUUUUUAAUACUUCCUUAGUAUUGGGGUCUGUUAUUGGAGAAUUAUUGUGUUCUUUGGGAAGAGACAUGUUUUCUUGCUUUUCCUUACAUUGAUUUCUAUGCAAGUCAGUGAAACAUUUGCCUCUUCCAAUUCUAUGCAGUAGGUUUAGUAGGCAAUGACUUAUUUGCAUAGAUGGUCUUGGAGUGUUGGUUCAAUGGGGUGCAUUGGCUUUGGUUCUAGGUGGAUGCAGUAGUGCAGUGUCCAUGUAGUUUCUUCAGCUGUAAUCCAUGUUAGUGAUGUUUGCAUGUGUCUCAGUGGCAUAGGCUAAGAGAGUUUGUGGCAGUGGUGGUGCAGCUCUGCUGGAAGUGGGCUUUCAGGUUAUUUCAGGUUAUUUCUCAGGUCAGUGUGCCUACAUGCCCAUGGUAGGUUGGCCAACUUGGGGUCUCACUCAUCAGGGUUGGGACCACAGAGCUUUUACUUUAACUAAGGGCAUCAGUGUGCUGUUUCAUGGCUAGCCUGAAGGCCGAUCAUCCAGGGGUGGCCCAUGGUGCUAUUUCUUGAGUCCAGUACACUGGUUGCUUUGCUGGCCUGGGGGGGUGUGUCUCCUGGGGAUGGUCCUUGGGGCUGUUUUUUAGUUCUGAGAAGUGAGUAAAGGUUAUUUGGGCUGGCCUAGGGGGUGUCUCCUUAGGGUGGUCCACAGGGCUGUUUCUUAGGCCUGGGAUGUGGCCAUAUGGCUUUUUGGCUGGCCAUAUGGUAUGGUAGAGGUGGACCACAGGGCUAUUUCUCAGGCCCAGGAUGGGGUGCAUAGCUGCUCAGCUGGCCUGGGUGUGUGUCUGGUGGGGAUGGACCAUGGGGCUGUUUCUCAGGCCUAGGAUGUGAGGGGACACACAGUUGCUUGGCUGGCCUGGAGGUAUGUCUGCCAGGAGCAGCCUGCAAGGCUAUUUCUUAGGCCCUGGACAUGGGCACAUAGCAGCUUGAUCAGCCUGGGAGCAUGCCAGACAGGAGUGGCCUGUGGGGCUGUUUCCCUGGCCCAAGAUGUGGGUGCACAGCUGCUCAUUUGGCCUGGGGGCUUGACUGCCAGGAAUGGCUCAUUGGGCUGUUUUCUAAGCCUGAGACAUGGUCACACAGCUGCUUGUCCUGCCUGGGUAUGCGCCUGCCAUGGGCAGUCAACAGGGCUAUUUCUGAGGUCCUGAUUUGGGGUGCAGGGCCUUUGGGCAAGCUAGAGGUAUGUCUGCAAUUGUAGGAGGGGGUGCUAGAUGCCACAGGGCUGUUUUUCAGGCUUUGGGUGCAGGCAUGUAGCCACCCUGCUAGCUUACAAAUGUGUCAGCUGUUGGACGGCUCAGGGACCUCUCUUGCUCAGGGGAGGGCCUACAGUAGUUUGGCUGGCUUUAGGGUGGGUUUGCCGGGGGCAGGACUGCCAGACUAUUCUAUUUUUCUAGCUGAAUAUGUGAGCAGCAGGGGUUGGUUUCCCUGCUGGGCAAGGCCAGAGUCAGAGCUAAUCCUGGGCCCAGCCUCUGCAGAGUUGGGGUUGUGACAUUUAGUCACCUGUGUGGGCUUGGCAGAAUGAAGAUGGAGCCCUAGCUGGAGAGAUGUAGUGGCUACUGGCCCGCAGAGGAGGAUGCACUCCAGAUGUGGCUCUGGUCUCAAGAUGGCACUAUGCUGCACCAGUUUGGCUCACACCAGGUCGGGGGACCGAGUAGGGGUGGGGAGUGCAUACCUUGUAUCCUAAUCCAGAGUACACAGCUGCAUUAAUUCCCUAUACCUCUCCUAACUGGGCUCAGGGCUUGUGAGGACCUUGUAGGAUUCUCCUGUAGUAAGGACUGUAGGUAUUUUUGGUGGCAGUGGGGGCUGCUGGGGUUCUUCUACUUACUGUUUCCUUGUAAGGGAAAGUCUCUUCUGUUUCUUGGCCAGUCUGGGCUGGGGAGAUGGGGGCUGCAGAAGCUGGGUGCAUCCAUAGUGUCCUCCUGGGUUGCUAGUCAUCACAGGUGCCUCUCUACUUUCCCACUCUACUCUAGUGCUGUCCCUUUGACAUCUGGUCAAAUCUCAGCUAUUAUUUAUUGCCUUGGUCCUUUCUUUUGGGGGAGAGGAGUGCCAGGCAUCUCUAGUCAGUCAUCUUGCGCUAUGUGAUUUCUGAAAUAGGUAGAGAUGUCAUUACAAAGUAGUGGGAAAAUGAUGAAAUUUCCAAUAAAUGGGGCUGGGAUAAAACAUGCAAAAAUAAAUUCCAGGAAGAUUAAAGGCUUAAGCAUGGAAGACAAAAUUAUAAAGAUUUAAGUUAAUGUAGGCAAAUAUUUUUAUAAUCUCUGGAUAAGAGGGGAAUUUCUUAAAAAGUACUAAUGUACUACUCAGAAAAGGAAAGAUUAGUCAACUUUACUAUAUUAAAAUUAAGAAAGUUCAAGAAAACAUACCGUAUAUUUCCACAUGGAUAGUGUAAAAAGGAAAAAAAGAAAGAAAAAAAAGAAAACACAGUUUAAAGUGAAAAGCCCAGUGUGGGAGAAAAUAUUUGCAAUGGAUUAAAACAGAAGAUAACUAGUACCAGAAUAUAUAAAUUAUUUGUAUAAGAUAAUAAGAAAAAUAUAGAAACUCAAUGGGAAAAUGGGCAAAAGAGUUGAAUAAGCAUUUGUCCAAAAAAGUCCAAAUAGUUCCUAAUCAAAAUAAAGGAUCCUGACUGGGCACGGUGGCUCAUGCCUGUAAUCCCAGCACUUUGGGAGGCCAAGGUGAGUGGAUCACCUGAGGUCAGAAGUUCGAGACCAGGCUAGCCAACAUGGCGAAACCCUGUCUCUACUAAAAAUACAAAAAUUAGCCAGGUGUAGUGGUGGGUGCCUAUAGUCUCAGCUACUUGGGAGGCUGAGGCAGGAGAAUCGCUUGAACCCAGGAGGCAGAGGUUGCAAUAAGCCAAGAUUACACCACUGUACUCCAACCUGGGUGACAAAGCAAGACUCUGUCUCAAAAAGAAAAAAAAAAAUGGCCAGACACAGUGGCUCACACCUGUAAUCCCAGCACUUUGGGAGGUCGAGGUGGGUGGAUCACCUGAGGUCAGGAGUUCGAGACCUGCCUGUCCAGCAUGGUGAAACCACGUCUCUAGUAAAAAUAUAAAAACCAGCCGGAUGUGGUGGCACACCCCUGUAAUCCCAGCUACUUGGGAGGCUGAGGCAAGAGAAUUGCUUGAAUCUGGGAGGUGGAGGUUGCAGUGAGCCGAGAUAGUGCCACUGCACUCCAGCCUAGACAAAAGAGUAAGACUCUGUCUCAAAAAACAAAAAAUGAAAAAGGUUAAAAAAAUAAAAAUAAGAAACAAAAGAUUCUUAACUUAUUAAUAACUAUGAAGAUUCAAAUUAAAACCACAGUGAGAUGUUAUUAUACCUUUACCAAUUUGGCAACAAACAAACAAAAAGACAAAAAAGCCAACUUUGAUAAUACCAAGCGUUGCUGAGAAUGUAGGAUAAAGAAAUUGCUGUAUACUGCUGCUGGGAGUCUUAGAAACUAAUUAGGCAUUCUCUAGUAAGGUUCAAGAUGUUUAUACCUUCUGACACAGUAAUUCUGCUCUAGAAAUGUAGUCCAGAGAAGCUUCUCUAUUUGUGUACCAGGAUUCAUCUAUGAGAAUGUGCAGAAUGGCAUUGUUUAUGAUAACUAAACAAAAGAUAAAGUGUCCCUCUAAAGUAGAAUGAACGUGGCUGGGUGUGGUGGCUCAUGCCUGUAAUCCCAGCACUUUGGAAGGCCAAGGUGGGCAGAUCACCUGAGGUCAAGAGUUUGAUACCAACUGGCCAACAUGGUGAAACCCUAUCUCUACCAAAAAUACAAAAAUUAGCUGAUCGUGGUAGCACGCACCUGUAAUCCCAGCUACUCGGGAGGCUAAGGCAGGAGAAUCGCUUGAACCUGGGAGGUAGAGGUAGUGCUGAGGUGAGACUUAGCCACUGCACUACAGCCUGGGAGACAGAGCGCAAGAUUCUGUCUCUAAAUAAAUAAAUAAAUAAAUUAGAAUGAACAAAGAAUAUGAGGUAUAUUCAUUCCCAGAAAAACUGUUUAGUAAAAAUACAUAAACAACCUACAGGGAUACAAACAGCAUGAAUGGAUUUCACAAAUAUACUAUUGACUUAAAUAAAACACAAAAGACUACAGACUAUAUGAUUUUAUUCACAUAAUGUUCAAACCCAAGGAAAACUAUACAUAUAAUUUUGGGAUACACACAUAGCUGGUAAAGCUAUAAAAAAGACUAUAAUUGCAAAAUUCAGGGUGAUUUCCUGUAGGAGAGAGGGAAGAUUUUUAUAAAUAAUUUUUUUUUUUUUGUAGAGAUGGGAUCUCACUCUGUUGUCCAGGUCUUGAACUCCUGGCCUCAAGCAGUCCUCCCACUUGGCUUCCCAAAGUGCUGAGAUUACAGGUGUGAGCCAUUGCACCCAGCUACUUUGUUUUGGAGAGACAGUCUUGCCAUGUUGCCUAGGCUGGCCUUGAACUCCUGGCUUCAAGCAAUCCUCCUACCUCAGCCUCCCAGGCACGAGCCACUGUGCCAAGCUGGGAAGAUUUUGUGAUCAGGAAGAAGUACAUGGUCUUGGCAUGGGGAAUAGAAGAGACUUAUGGAGACUAGCAGUGUUUUAUUUGUUUUUUGGAGUCCUAGUUACUUGAGUUUUUGCUUCAAAGUAUUUAUAAACUAUAAAUUUAUGUUUAUAUAACGUCCAAUAUUCUGUUGUAUUUCCAUUAAACAGUAAUUUGACCUUAAAGCCAUAUUGUGACAUCAUUACAUAUCCAUUGUUUUGGAAAAAAUGAAAAAGCCUGAUGGUACUGAUAUUGGCAGCAGCAUAGAACAUCAAAAGAGUUCUCACUGUCGGUGGGAAUGUGAGCUUUUGAAAGCUGCUCAACAUUCCCCUGUAAGGUGGAUGCCUUUGAGAAGAGAAAAAUGAGAAUGUGGGUCAGAGACAAUGCGGGGGAAAUAGUAAAGUGAAAAACAAAAACAAAAACAAGCAAAGGCCCUCAAGGGACUGACGAUGAGUACGUCCAUGUAUUGAAGACUAUGAUAAGCUUAACUAUCUGAACCCAGGGUAAAAGGCUAAUAACCAGCAAACAGAAAGAUAAGGGCGAUGCCACACUGGAAAACAUGCUCAGAAUGAGAGACCACUCAUGCUGCUCCCCCACCAGUGGGGCCUCUGUAGGAGGUUGUGGGACCUUCACUUUCAAGAUGAGACUGCAGAUAAGAUUUCCCACAGUAACUCACAUAGCUCAGCUGAAUUUUUUGGGUGAGGAACCCCUUUUCAUUCUUUUCAUUUUUGUCAUUGGAGCCUAGCUGAGCUAUUAAGGGUGUAGUAUUUCUACACCCCUCUCCAUUUCCUCUACUCUAAAGACAUUUAGUUACUCAGGCAGGAGCAGCGUCAAUUUCCCUUAGAAGUUACUUAAUGGAUAAGGCUGGGUGCGGUGGCUCACGCCUGUAAUCCCAGCACUUUGGGAGGCUGAGGUGGGAGGAUUGCUUGAAUCCUGGAGCUCAAGAUCAGCUUGGGCAACAAAGUGAGACCCCUUCUGUACAAAAAUAAAAAUAACAAACAGGGUGUGGUAGCUCAUGCCUGUGGUCCCAGCUGCUCAGGAGGCUGAAUAGGGAAUGCUCAGUGGCAUUGCUCCAUGCCACUGCCAGUAUUACUACCAUCAGACUUUUUAAUUUUUUAUAAAACAAUGGAUAUGUAGAUGUCACAAUAUGGCUUUAAGGUUUAACUAUUGUUUAAUGGAAAAAUAUAACAGAAUAAAGAACAUUACAUAGCAUAAAUUUAUAGUUUGUAAGUACUUAUAAACUGUAAGUAUUGAGCUUAAGCCCAGGAGUUUGAGGCUACAGUAAGUAAUGCUUGCACCACUGCACUUCAGCAUGGGUGACAGAGAGAGACUCUGUCACUAAAAUAAUUUUUAAAAAAUUACUUGCUGGAUAAAUGUUGUGAUAGCUCAGAAUGCUGACUUGUCCUUCCUGGGCCACUGUAUUCUAUAUUGGAAGGGGCUUUAAGCUGGCCUUGCACUCACUUGAGUGUGACGUCAAGCUUAAUCUCUCUGGCAUCCAUUCAUGGUUACUAAAUAAAAAACUCUCUAUAAACACAGGAGCUCUUUAUCAUCUCUUCAGGGUUGUGAAGAGCAUGUCCUUGUAACUUAAAAAACGCUGCAUUAGUAAAAUGUCAUUUUUAGGUAAGAAAAAAACCAUAUAUACUUGGAGGAGAAAGUUUCUUUCCCCAUCUCCUGCCUCAUCCCUUUUUGUGUAAGGGGUCUCUAGUGGAUGUUUGUUUUUGUUGUCCAACUUCUGUCUCUCCUCCUGAAAUGCACUGCAGUUUUUAUUUGGGGGAAUCACUCUUCUCUCAUUUCAGAACAUGAAGUGUGGGGAGGUGACCCAGGCCUAAGCCUAUUAAUGCUUUUUGACCCUUUGGGGACAGUGAUUUUUCAGGAAUGAGUCUGUGACUCAGACCCAGACUUGGGCCUUUGAAAGAAUAUAAAUCCCUUAACCAAUAGGGGAGUGAUUCACACAGAUGUGUGCUCUGUGGGUGCAAGAGAGGGGCACUGUGUAGAAUCUGAGAAAAGAGGCAGCCCUGGAGGCAACUGAAUGUUAACAUCAGUCAGAAACUAGGUUCUUGGUGACCUCUCUGAGAGCCACUGAAUCAAGCCUUGCCUGAACCUGGAUUUUUCCAUAAUGUAAGUUAAUAAAUUCACUUUAUAGUUGAAGCCAGCUUGAGUUGGGUUUUCUCUCAUUGGCAGCAUAAUAAUGUAUGGAGUCUUUGGUAAGAGAGUUUUGUUGGCAUAUGGGUGCAUCAAAAUCAGUAUAACAACACGCCAUAGUCAUGCUGUGAGAGGUAGUCAAUAGCAAAGGGGAAAUUUAUUUAUCUUUGUAAACACGUUAUUCUGAAGACCCUGAAAAACCUGAAGUUUCUUCCAGGUAUGCCCAGGAUCUUGGUGGUCUGACGUAGCCCUCUUAGUGCUGGGACCUGGCGAGGAGGGCAAAAGUGUUGAAAGUUAACUUAAGCUGGGCCCAGUAGCUCACACCUAUAAUUCCAGCACUUUGGGAGGCUGAGAUGGGCAGAUCACUUGAACCCAGGAGUUCAAGACCAGCCUGGGCAACACAGUGAGAUUCCCAUCUCUACAAAAAAAAAAAAAAAAAAAAGAAUCUGAAAGAAGACUCAUUAAGUUGAAAGUGGCUAUUUCAUGGUACUGAGAUUAUGACAACAUUUGUUUUACUUAUUUAUUUUUUAAUUCGUAUUUUUCAAAAUUUUCUGCAGUGAAUAUGAUUUAUAUAAUUUUUUAAAAAGGUUUUUAAAGUACUAUACAAACACACAAGGUGACAGUACCCUUCAUGGGAACUCACGUGGCUAGUUACAAUCUGGAAGUCAGAACAUCUAGCUCACAAUUGCUUAAUUUAACCUCUUACCCUUAAUAUUCAACCUGUUUCUUCCUUUGCAAAAUUUUGAACUAAUCUCAGUUAGGUCUAUGUAACCUGAGAUGUGAUUUAACCAAGUUAAUUAUCAACUCAAUUUAAGUACAUAUAGGGUCCCCACCUUAAGUGGUCAUUGUGGUUACUCCCCAGUAUCUACUCCACUCCACUUCCCAAUUGUGUAGGGAAGAUUCUAGUUGGACUGAGAUUUUCCGGGUGCUGCCAUCUAAAUAACCCAUAUUAUCCUGUCUCCUGAUCUGGCUCUAACUUCCAUUUUAUGAACUUUGUCAAGUAGCCCUUUAGUUAUCUAUAAAGGAGUAACUCUAAUUUUGCAUAAUUAGAGUUACACUCUAUGCACACUGUGCCUGGCCCAGUGAGUUCAUCUAAUGGAGUCUACAGAGCUGUAAUAAAAAAAUGAGGACAUUCGGCCAGGCGCAGUGGCUCACGCCUGUAAUCCCAGCACUUUGGGAGGCCAAGGCGGGCGGAUCAUGAGGUCAGAAGAUCGAGACCAUCCUGGCUAACACGAUGAAACCCAGUCUCUACUAAAAAUACAAAAAAUUAGCCGGGCGUGGUGGCGGGCACCUGUAGUCCCAGCUACUCGGGAGGCUGAGGCUGGAGAAUGGCAUGAAUCUGGGAGGCAGAGCUUGCAGUGAGCCGAGAUCGCGCCAUUGCACUCCAGCCUGGGGACAGAGCGAAAAAAUAAAAAAGAAUGAGGACAUUCUACAUGAGCUGAAACAAAAGAUUUUAGGCUGGGCGCAGUUGCUCACGCCUGUAAUCCCAGAACUUUGGGAGGCCGAGGUAGUUGGAUCACUUAAGGUCAGGAGUUCGAGACCAGCCUGGCCAACAUGGUGAAACCUCGUCUCUACUAAAAAUACAAAAAAUUUGCUGGGCAUGGUGGCUCGUGUUUGUAAUCCCAGCUACUCAGGAGGCUGAGGCAGGAGAACUGCUUGAGGCAGAGUUUACAGUGAACCGAGUUUGCACCAUUGUGCUCUGACCUGGGUGAUGGAGCAAGACUUCGUCUCAAAAAAAAAAAAAAAAAAAAAAAUUUAAAUACAUUUAAAAAAGAAAGUUGCAUGCUGUGGAGCAACCAGACAAUUGUGAUGAAAUGUGAAGCACAAGGCACCAGCUGUGACGUGUUUUUGCCAAGAAGUCAAACCACGUUCCAACUAAACCUCUAGAGCAAACUUUCAUUUUCAGCAAAUUCGAAGAAAAGAGGAAUAAUGUAAAUGACCCCACAGGGAAACAGACAAACCCUGAAUGUGGAGCAUUUCACAGGACAAAACCUGGACAGACAUCAGAACACUUACAGGAUGUGUGUAGUGUGGCAUGACAGAGAACUUUGGUUUCCUUUAAUGUGACUGUAGACCUGGCAGUGUUACUAUAAGAAUCAUUGGCAAUCAGACACCCGGGUGUGCUGAGCUAGCACUCAGCGGGGGCGGCUACUGCUCAUGUGAUUGUGGAGUAGACAGUUGGAAGAAGUACCCAGUCCAUUUGGAGACUUAAAACUGUGCCUAACAGAGGUGUCCUCUGACUUUUCUUCUGCAAGCUCCAUGUUUUCACAUCUUCCCUUUGACUGUGUCCUGCUGCUGCUGCUGCUGCUACUUACAAGGUCCUCAGAAGUGGAAUACAGAGCAGAGGUGGGUCAGAAUGCCUAUCUGCCCUGCUUGUACACCCCAGCCGCCCCAGGGAACCUCGUGCCCGUCUGCUGGGGCAAAGGAGCCUGUCCUGUGUUUAAAUGUGGCAACGUGGUGCUCAGCACUGAUGAAAGGGAUGUGAAUUAUCGGACAUCCAGAUACUGGCUAAAUGGGGAUUUCCGCAAAGGAGAUGUGUCCCUGACCAUAGAGAAUGUGACUCUAGCAGACAGUGGGAUCUACUGCUGCCGGAUCCAAAUCCCAGGCCUAAUGAAUGAUGAAAAAUUUAACCUGAAGUUGGUCAUCAAACCAGCCAAGGUCACCCCUGCACCGACUCUGCAGAGAGACUUUACUGCAACCUUUCCAAGGAUGCUUACCACCAGGGGACAUGGCCCAGCAGAGACACAGACACUGGGGAGCCUCCCUGAUAUAAAUCUAACACAAAUAUCCACAUUGGCCAGUGAGUUACGGGACUCUAGAUUGGCCAAUGACUUACGGGACUCUGGAGCAACCAUCAGAAUAGGCAUCUACAUCGGAGCAGGGAUCUGUGCUGGGCUGGCUCUGGCUCUUAUCUUCGGCGCUUUAAUUUUCAAAUGGUAUUCUCAUAGCAAAGAGAAGAUACAGAAUUUAAGCCUCAUCUCUUUGGCCAACCUCCCUCCUUCAGGAUUGGCAAAUGCAGUAGCAGAGGGAAUUCGCUCAGAAGAAAACAUCUAUACCAUUGAAGAGAACGUAUAUGAAGUGGAGGAGCCCAAUGAGUAUUAUUGCUAUGUCAGCAGCGGGCAGCAACCCUCACAACCUUUGGGUUGUCGCUUUGCAAUGCCAUAGAUCCAACCACCUUAUUUUUGAGCUUGGUGUUGUCUUUUUCAGAAACUAUGAACUGUGUCAGCUGACUGGUUUUGGAGGUUCUGUCCACUGCUAUGGAUCAGAGUUUUCCCAUUUUCAGAAGAUAAUGACUCACAUGGGAAUUGAACUGGGACCUGUACUGAACUUAAACAGGCAUGUCAUUACCUCUGUAUUUAAGCCAACAGAGUUACCCAACCCAGAGACUGUUAAUCAUGGAUGUUAGAGCUCAAACGGGCUUUUAUAUACACUAGGAAUUCUUGACAUGGGGUCUCUGGAGCUCCAGGAAAUUCGGGCACAUCAUAUGUCCAUGAAACUUCAGAUAAACUAGGGAAAACUGGGUGCUGAGGUGAAAGCAUAACUUUUUUGGCACAGAAAGUCUAAAGGGGCCACUGAUUUUCAAAAAGAUCUGUGACCCCUUUUUUGUUUUUUGUUUUUGAGACAGAGUCUUGCUCUGUUGCCCAGGCUGGAGUGCAAUGGCACAAUCUCGGCUCACUGCAACCUCCGCCUCCUGGGUUCAAGUGAUUCUCCUGCCUCAGCCUUCUGAGUGGCCGGGAUUACAGGCAUGCACCACCAUGCCCAACUAAUUUUUUGUAUUUUUAGUAGAGACAGGGUUUCACCAUGUUGGCCAGGGUGGUCUCAAACUCCUGACCUAAUGAUUCACCUGCCUCGGCCUCCCAAAGCACUGGGAUUACAGGCAUGAGCCACCACAUCCAGCCAGUGAUCCUUAAAAGAUUAAGAGAUGACUGGAUCAGGUCUACCUUCAUCUUGAAGAUUCCCUUGGAAUGUUGAGGUUUAGGCUUAUUUGAGCACUACCUGCCCAACUGUCAGUGCCAGUGCACAGCCCUUCUUUUGCCCCCCUUAUGAAGACUGCCCUGCAGGGCUGAGAUGUGGCAGGAGCUCCCAGGGAAAAAGGAAGUGCAUUUGAUUGGUGUGUAUUGGCCAAGUUUUGCUUGUUGUGUGCUUGAAAGAAAAUAUCUCUGACCAACUUCUGUAUUCGUGGACCAAACUGAAGCUAUAUUUUUCACAGAAGAAGAAGCAGUGACGGGGACACAAAUUCUGUUGCCUGGUGGAAAGAAGGCAAAGGCCUUCAGCAAUCUAUAUUGCCAGUGCCGGAUCCUUUGACAGAGAGUGGUCCCUAAACUUAAAUUUCAAGAUGGUAUAGACUUGAUCUGUCUUGCUUAUUGUUGCCCCCCGCGCCUAGCACAAUUCUGACACACAAUUGGAACUUACUAAAAAAAUUUUUUUACUGUU